AUGCCGCGAGAUCUACUAGCCGACCGCAAGACUCUCGACGGCAUGCCGCAGUUGUCUAGGGAAUCCGCCUCUAGUCCGCCGCAAGAGUCAGGCUCAUCCAACUCGGCCGUCUUCGUAGAGCAGCGCUUCAAGAAGAUGAAGGACAUCCACCCAUUCGCCCAGCUGCUCAACUACGAAGACCUUGACGACUGCGAUUGGCUCGAGCAUGCUGCCUUCGACCCCAUUGAGGCCGCUUCAAGAGAGAAGGUGGUCCUGUUGUACCUCCAAGUCACCACCUUGUCGACCGAACUUUCAUGUAUCCAAGGAUACCUCACUGACCACAGACAGAUCGAGUACCGUCUCCGCACCUGUGGCGAGCUCUGCUCCGGACUAUUCACCUCCGCCUAUGCCACCACCUCUGGUCCCUUAGGCGAUAUCAUCAAGGCGCGCAAGUUCCCCUCCAUCGACUCCUCAGAUGCCGACCGCAAGCGCGUCCUACUCGCCCACAUCAUCGCCACCAAGACCUCAUCACGGAUUGUCACUGAUGAUGCCAUGGACUACCCCAAGGACUGGCAGACCAAGUACCAACUCACCCCAACCACCGGUCAUAACGAAGAUGGCGAGACAGUCUGCAUCCACUCCCUCUGUGUCCACCCUGACUUUCAGGGCCAGGGCUUCGGUCAGGUUCUGCUGAGGAGCUAUGUCCAGCGCAUCAAGGACGCCGGUGUCGCCAAAAGGGUGGCAUUGAUCUGCAGGGAAAAGUAUGUCAAGUUCUACGCCAAGUCGGGCUUCAUCGAGGUCGGCCCCAGCAAGUGCCAGUAUGGUGGCGGCGGCUGGAUCGACAUGGUCAUCGAGCUCGAGGAUGACAUGGACGAGGAGGACCAGGGCUACUAA